AAUCUUCGUUAUUCCCCCUUCUCAGAUGUCCUUGAGUCCUUGAGACGGAUGUGAGCAGAGUUUUUCAGCCCUCAUGCAAAACAACCAUCUAAACAUAACAGAUGACAUCACCUUGGGCUUUUCAAUUCCUGGAUGGCAGCGGCGUGUUAAUCCAGCCUUCAUCCUGGAUUUCAUAAACUAAAACAAGAGAGGCUGGCAAGAGCACAGCGCUGCUGCUGGGUUGAGGAAAUUGAUGACGGGGAAGCAUGCGGGCAACACAGUGUAUAAAACUCAUAAACGUGUAGGCAGAAGCUCAGCUACUACUUUGGACGGCUGCUUCCCGCCAGCAUAGACCACGACGGCAGGGAGCUGAGCAGGAGCCAGCUGCGAGACAUGAAGAGCCUCUUGCUGCUGACCACACUCCUGGUACCUCUGCACCUGGGCAUGGCCUGGAGCGCCAAGUAUGCGGUGGAUUGCCCGGAGCAUUGUGACAACACUGAGUGCAGAAGCAGCCUGCGUUGCAAGAGGACAGUGCUGGAUGAUUGUGGCUGCUGCCAGGUGUGCGCCGCGGGGCCUGGAGAAACCUGCUACCGUACAGUGUCAGGCAUGGACGGGGUCAAGUGUGGUCCGGGGCUGAAGUGUCACUUUUACAGCGAGGAGGAUGAUUUUGGUGACGAGUUUGGUAUCUGCAAAGACUGUCCCUAUGGCACGUUCGGGAUGGAAUGCAAAGAGACUUGCAAUUGCCAGUCGGGCAUAUGUGACAGGGUGACUGGGAGAUGUCUGGACUUUCCCUUCUUCCAGUAUGAAGCAGCUAAGCCGCCCAGCAGGACCUCUGCCUCCCACACGGAGCGUGACGCGGCAUCUGGAGAUGGCAAUGCUGUGAGAGAAGAGAUUGGAGAAGGGAAUGCUGCCCGGCCCUCUGUGAUGAAGUGGUUGAAUCCACGCUGAGCCUGGCUGAAUUUGCCAAGAAAAGGCUCCCCUUUAGUGACCAACGUUCAGCCAACAUUUUAAGAACCGUCUAGAACAUAGACUGUGGACAUGUAAUUUAUGGAGAUCAAGUGUGAUUCAGCAAAAAAAAAAAAAUGUAGGCUAUAUACAACCCAUAAAACACAUAUGAGUGAACACUUUUAGAGAUUUGUUAAAUAUUUAAAUUUAUAUAGAUCUGUUAAGUGUAUGUAUGUGUGUAUGUGAGUGUGUGUAUGAGUGUGUGUGUGUGUGAGUGUGUGUGCUCUUGUGUGGAAUCACCAAGGAACUUGAUAUGCAGUUGAGUAAUUACUGUCUAUGAGUAAUCCAAUCAAAGCUGAAGGAACUGUGGGUUCGUUUGACUUGGGUGCACAUUCUUAUUGAGAUACAUGUUGAAGAGGAGUUAGAAGUAAGAGAUGCUGGGGGUGGUCGUGAAAGUAGGGGUUAUAAUAUUUGGCUCCUCCUCAUAGUAGCUUAAAAUUUAUUAUUUUGUUUUAAUUGGAGGAAAUAAAACAAGACCAGAAAAGCCUUGAAGGAACUGAGAUAUUGGAAGCUUUUGGGUGUCUAAACAACUGCUUUGAAUGGAAAUGCUAUUAUUACAGCUACUUGUAUCCGAUGGGAGUAGGGGCAGGUAGGGGAGGUGAACAGAGGGAUGAAUGAAUAUGUAUAUGUAUAUGUAUAUGUAUAUGUAUUUCCAUUGUUUCCCAUCACCAGUUUAAACACUGUGCGCCUUGAGACAGUUCUAGGAAUUAGUUUGCCUCCUGAGGGACAGAACAGGGUGAAGGUGAAUAUUUAUGUAUUUUUAUAAACAAAUCUCAUACUUUAAAUGUUUCUCCAGCACCCAUAUGUCUCUCCAUCUUAGAGAAAUUACCCGAAUGUUGUUUGUUUAACAUGGGUUCUCAAACACUCACAUAUGGAAAAUGUGUUAUUAACAAUUGCACUAAUAGUAAUAAAAAUGUACUUACUCUAGGUUUAUAAAAUGUUGAAAAAAUUUAAAAAUGCUAUAUCUCCAGUGAAUUUUAAAUUUAAAUCAGGAAAUACCUUUUUAGACAGUUUGAGACAGGAAAGUUAAUUUUCAUUAGGAAAUGAGUCAGCUUUAGGGUAUAGUUUAUUUUCAUUUUUAUUCUUUCAAACUUGAUUGAUGAAUGGAACUGGGAUUCCACCCAGAGUACCUUAGCACACGAAGAACUGUUGUACUGCCGAAGCUGGGAGGUAUUUGCAGAGUAUUUUAUUUGGAAUGAAGAACUUAUUUAAGAAGUAUUUCCUUAUUUACUUUUAGUUUAUUCUCAAACUUUGCCAGCAGAGUUGUGAAUGUACUUGUGGGAGGAUCCUUGAAUGUAAGCACAACCAGCUGUUAGGUUUUGUUUGAAAAAACAGUGUAUUAUUGUUCAAUAAAAAUGACACAACUGUUCUA